CUGUCCGGCGGCUUCAGGGGAGGAAGAUGGCGGCGGCUAAUAGAGGAGGACUCCUUCGGUUUUGAAACGAGCAGAGCAGCUGGAGCUUCGGUUCGGUUCGGUUCGGUUCGGUUGGAGAGCCUGGAGGAGUUCAGGUGGAGGAAGGGCGGAGGUUCUCCGUCAGACAGAAGAAGAAGAAGAAGAAGACAUCCUCGUCAAGGUUGCUGCCAGACUCUGAGCUUCAGGUCCUCCACCCAUGGACUCUACAUCAGCCACAGGCUUCAGAAGGAGGUCCUCACCCUCCUCCUCCCCAGCUGAGACCUCCAGGAGCCCCCCUCCCUGCUCACCCUUCUCCUCUCCCUCUCCUCCCUCCUCUGAGCCGUCUUCUCCGUUGUCUUCCUCCUCGUCUCUCUUUGGAAACGACUAUAAAGGCGAUGUCCGAGCUCUGAGCGAGGUGGCCAGGGUGUCUUCUACGUCCACGCGACCUCUGACCUCACCUGCCUCCAGGAACGCCCCCCACUCGCCCAUGCAGGAGGAGGAGGGGAGGGGGUCCAUGCACUACCCCUACAGCCCCACUGAUGGAGAGAAAGAGAGGAGGGCAGCGGGGGAGGAAGGGGAGAAAUACGACCCCUUUGACCCCACCGGCUCCCCGCCGUCAGACGAUGGACUCAAAGACCAGGAGAUCCAGGAGCAACAUGUGGAGAUCAACCAUGAAGAACCUCCAGAUUCCACCGAGGUUCUGACUGAUCCCAGGAGCCCCGGCAGGAGCCCCGGCAGGAGCCCCAGCAGGAGCCCCGGCAGGAGCCCCAGCAGGAGCCGGCAGCCCCCUCUGAGGAGGAGAGUGGACGGCAGCUCCAAGGCGCGGGGACAGUGGGAAGGCGGGGCCUCGGAUCACUCUGAGAUAGAGGAGGGGGAGAUCGUUGGAGCUGCUGACAAGAAGAAGCCUCCAGAAGAUCCUCCUCCUUCUAACUCCUUCUUUGGCUCCAAACCGGAGCGCAUCCUCCGGGUCCUGGACGGAGACGCGUUUGUCUCCGUCUGCACGGAGGGAAACUGGGAGGACGAGCUGGAGGAGGAGCCUGAUGUCGGAGUGGAGGACCUGAGAAGGAAGCUGGUCAGCAGGAGAAAGGAGAGAUAUCUGUCUUUUCCUGCCUCCUCCCCUCUGUCUUCUCAGCCCCCGCCUCCCCUUCCUCAGGCCUCCCCCUCUGCCUCCCCCGUCACUCCCCCUGCAGAGACACCCAGCAAGAACCACAAGGCCUCCAAGAGCUCCAGAGACCGGGACAGACAGAAGAGCAAGGACAGGAAGCCAGGGGAGAAGGUGACCAGGAGGAAGAAGAGGAGGAAGGGCAAAGAGGAGGAGCGGGGGAGAAGCAAAGAGAAAUCAGGAGGACAGAGGGACGGGAAGGAGGUCAAAGUCAGGAGGGGCAGCAGGAGCAGCAUUCGGAAAGGAAAGAAGAGACGCCACAGCAGCCCUGAGGGCUCCCGACACUCCUCCAGGAAGGAGACGCACUCCAGACGUUCCUUCUCCAGCAUGUCUGAGGAGAGACACCGGGACAGGGACAAAGACCGGGACAGGAGGAGUCACAGAGACAGGGACCGGCAUCGUAACAGCAGCAGCAGUCGCAGGAAAGACGAGAGAGCCCGAGAGUCCAGUUCCAGGAGGCGGGAGAGGAAGAGGGAGUCCAGCAGCAGAGAGCGCCGUCUUCAGAAAAGGUCCAAGAGCAGCAGGGAGGACCGGGACGCCAACCGAGACCGGGAGCGCCGGCGGGAAGGCCGUCCCGUCGUCCCGCCGUCUAUUCAAGACCUCAACGGGUCGGACCUCUUUGCUAUAAAGCGGACAAUCACAGUAACCACCACCACGACCACCACCACCGUCCCCGGCUCCCCCCGCCUGGCCCCCGCGUCUCCCUGCCGUCCCAACGAGGACAGGAAGAGGAGGAAAUGGAAAUCGGUAGCAGACGGCGAGAGCCGGGAAGGAGCCCGCAGCCGCUCGCUGUCCCCACUGAGGUACCAUGGUUACGAGUCGGACCGCUACUCGGACAAACUGGAGAUGGACAUUCUGUCUUUGGACGGAGAAGCUUUGGACUCUGAUUAUCCGUCCUUGGAGGAGACGCCUCCUGCUCCUCUGCCUCUGGAACCUCCUGUCCAAAGUCCCAAAGUCAAACCCUCGCCUAAAGCCAGGCAAGGUCACCCCAAGAAGAAGACGCACACCCCCAAAAAAGCCGAAUCGUCCUCCACCAGGACCGCCAGCAACAGUCUGUCCUCGCUUAGCGCCGCUCCCGGUCCGGCCGCCGGCGCUCCGGGACUCUCAUCGGCAAAGAGAGUCAGGAAGGUAGGGAAGGAGAAAGUCCGGAAUAAGAGCAGCAGAAAGGAUCUGAUCCGGUCUGGGAAAUCCAAGAAGGAAAGGAAAGGAAAGCUGCAGUCCAAGGUGUCGGUUCUGGUCCGGGAGGGGGUGAGCAGCACCACGGGGACCAGCGUGGGUUCUGGGAAGCUUAGCAUGGACCUCCUGGGGCCGGGGGGGGCAGGAGGAGCAGCAGGGGGCCCGGUGGUGGGGGGCUCCAUAGCCGUGGUCUUUUGUAGAGACAACGAGAGCCGCUCUCCGUUCCUGAAGCCGUGCUCCGAGCCACUAUCGUUAGGGAAGCGGAGCGGCCUGGCGCCGCCGCCGCCGCCGUCCUCCUUGGCCGGAUCCGCAGGGCUGAAGGCCAAGAAGACGAAGCCCAGCUCCAUCACAUCCACCUCCUCCUCCGCAUCCUCCCCCUCUUCGUCUCUGGCAACUAAGCGCCGGCGCCGCCUGGCCAAGAAAACCGGUAAGAAGGGUGGAGCGGCCGCCCCGCCGGCCUGUGAUGGCAACCAAUCCAAAGCCGCCUCAGAAGGCUGGGGCGGAGCCACCUACGACGCUCCGCCCGCCGGCGGAGACGGGGGCAAGGAGGUCAGUCCCUCUACGGCUCAAACCGGCCCUCCCCCCUGCUCCUCCUCCUUCUCCUCAUCUUCUACGUCCUCCUCCACCAGCGUCCUCCCCCCCUCCUCCUCUCCACCUCACACGCCGCCUCCCUCUAGCGCCCCUCUACGGGACGCCAGAGAGUCGUCGCCCGACUCCCAGACGGUGGACAGCAGCUGUAAGACUCCAGAGGCCGCCUUCACGGCCGAGGACUGCCCCCACCAGACCAGUCCUUCCCCCCCGUCGUCCAGUCCGUCCGGUCUGUCUGCCCCCCAGGGAGCUGGGGGGGCUCAGACCAUCAAGCCUCCUCCUUCAGAGGAGUCCAAGUCUGCAGCUUCGCCUCCCUGCUCCUCUUCGUCAGCAGGCCUCACCUCCCUCCCUCACUCUCUCUCUUCAACGGACCCCUCCUCCUCGGUGUCCUCCUCAUCCACCGCCAAGCUGCUGCCGCCGCCGCCGCCGCCAGCGGUCCCGACUCUGCCCUGGAGCCUUCAGACCGGAGUGGACUGCACCACCGGAGGAGUUCUGGCAUUGACGGCUCUGCUCUUCAAGAUGGAGGAGGCCAACAUGGCCAGCAGGGCCAAGGCCCAGGAGUUCAUCCAGGCCACCAGUCAGAUCCUGUCCCAGGCCAACCAGAACCAGCAUCACGCUCCCUCCUCCUCCUCCUCCUCUUCCUCAUCCACCCUGAUCCCCCCUCCUCCCUCUGCCCCUCCUCCUCCCGGUCUCAGCCCCGCCCAGUUCAUCCUCCACAGCUCUCUGCCAUUGGUGGGCUGCACCAAGACCCCUCCACCUCACCUGCACCCGUCUCUAGGAGGGGGAUGUGCUCAGACCCCGCCACCCAUGCUUCCUGGGGGGGGCGCCGCGGAACCUGGAUGGGAGAACGAGAGCAAAGAUUCAGAUAAGUACCUGAAGAAGCUGCACACCCAGGAGCGGGCCGUGGAGGAGGUGAAGCUGGCCAUCAAGCCCUACUACCAGCGCAAAGACAUCAACAAGGACGAGUACAAAGACAUCCUGAGGAAGGCCGUUCAUAAGAUCUGCCAUAGUCGCACCGGAGAAAUCAACCCGGUCAAAGUAAGCAACCUGGUCAAGCUGUACGUUCAGCGCUACAAAUACUUCAGGAAACACGGACGCAAGAUGGAUGAAGAGGAGCGCGAGCAGCAGGGGGCGCUGCAUUCCUCCGCCUGACCACGGCCGGACCUUCUGGGACACUAUCUGCUGCUGGUUCUGCUCGCCCUUUCUCAGUUUACGUUUUUCAGACUCUGAUGACCCCCUCCCUCCUCGAGCCGCUGUAACAUCUGACUGCUCUAGUUCUGUGUAAUGUGUGCAUGUGGUGCAGACGUUCCUCGAUGUGUUUCUAAAGAACCUGAUCCAAACUUAAAUGUUGCCUGAUGAUGAUGAUGAUGAUGGCUGUUU